CCAACCCGGAAGUGAGCGGAGAGGAGGGACAGAGGGAAAAUCACAACAUAGCUACUACAGCUCUGACAGCUCUGCUUUGUGCCGCUGACACACGUUUUUUCUACCGACACCGGACAUGUCACGAAAACCCAAAGAUGAAUAUUACCGUUUUUUUACCGUUUCAGACCCACGCACACACGAGAAGGGACACACCGAGUACAAAGUGACUGCGAGGUUUGUGUCCAAGCGUCAUCCUGAAGAUGUGAAGGAGGUGGUCGUGUGGAGGAGGUUCUCAGAGCUAAAGAAGCUCCAUGGGGAGUUGGCCUACACACACAAGAACCUGUUCAGAAGACAGGAGGAGUUUCCACCUUUUCCUCGGGCACAAGUCUUUGGGAGGUUUGAUGAGGCUGUAAUUGAAGAGAGGAGGAAGGCUACAGAGGCCAUGCUUCUCUUUACUACCAGCAUACCUGCACUCUACAAUAGCCCACAGCUCAAGGACUUCUUCAGAGGUGGUGAGGUCAUGAGGCCUCUAGAUCUCACCCCUCUGUCCUCUGCCGGGCCUCUGCCUCCCCCUCUCAUCCCCCUCCCCAAGCGGAGGGCCUCAGACUGUGAACCUGCAGAGGAGGAGGAGGGGAGGGAGGCUCCCACCUUACCCCAAGACCUGGGCACCAACGUAGGCUUAGAAGUGGGAGAACCGGAGGUGGCGGCUGAGGCUUACAGCGAGAUGGGAGGCUCUCCGAGAGAAGAAGGAGAAGAACGAGAGGAGCUUAGCGAUACAGAGCUGGAUGACAGAGUCCCGUCUCCUUACCCGUCCCCAUCCAGAAACCACCAAUCACAAGAGUCCCAAGAAGAAUUUGAUUCACUGUUUGACUCCGUGGCAGAAGAGCAAGUCCCAUCUCCGAAAGAGGAGUGUCCACCUCCACUGUCUGAUAAUGACUUGGCUGUCUUUGAUCCCUGCUGUAAACAAGAAGGAUCCAACACCUCCACUGAUCACUCAGAAUUGUUCUCGCUGCCACCAUCGAGUCUGGAUGGAGGUGACGCAGGUUACUUGAACCAAGCUGCCACUGAGCUAACAGCUGCAAUGGAAAGGGAGAAGGAGGGAGAAUUUAGUUGUGCCAUUCGUGGAUACAGGACGGCAGUGGAUAUACUGAUCACUGGAGUACAGGGAGACCCAGAUCCGAUACGCAGGGAGUCUGUAAUGAGAAGGACGGCCCAGUAUCUGAAGCACACUGAGAUGCUGGUCGACAUGCACUCCUCGCCCACACACACUCACACACCUACACACACAAGUACGCAAGACCCUUAGAUGCACACGUGUUUCUAUUCACUGUUCACACACACGAAGACAGAUCAAAGACAACAAAGCUCAGGGUUGUGACAUACAUACAUGUCACAUACGUGCAGACACACACACACACACUUUUUCGAUAAUGAUACUCAUCAGCACACUUACACAGAUGCACAGUUAUGAUGCAGUAUGUUGCGUACACACACACACACACACACACACACACACACACACAGUGAGUGAGAACCCACACUCAUUUGGACCACAACUUUCAGAGCUCAUUCAGGUGCAAAACUAACCCAGCACACACACAUACUGUAGACACACACUGCUAAGGUACACACUACACAGCAGACUGUUCCUUUAGCUGCCUUUGUUUAGUGAAAAAUCAGAUUCACAACAUUACAAUAUAUGGAAACUGGAAGUAACCGUAAACAUAACUGAUUAAUGGAUAAAUAUCUUGUUCAAUUAUUACCUUCAUUUUACAAUGUUUUCUUGCUAAAUACAGUAAUGAAUAUGUAUAUCAGUAAUUUUGCAAUUUGCACAAACAAUGUUUUUGUUAAUAAAUAUGAUUUUAAUUUAA